AUGUCGACUCCAUCAACACCACCGUUUAUUAAAGAUUCUGAUGCUAAUGAUGAUUUGCAAAGUCAGCCGGUGAUAUCGUCUCUAGGGUCGUGUCUGUCUUCUUCGAAGACUCAUUUAAAGACUCCUUCUUCUUAUACUCGCAGUCAUGAUCAGCUUUUCACGCCCAACACUCCACAAUCUAAAAAGGCCAAUGUUACUGCUGUUGUUGCCAGUACUAAUUCUUCCUCUUCCAUGCUUUCACCUUCCGAUUCUUGCAAGCAAUCGUCUCUCAACCAAACACAGUCUUCCCAAUUACAAACUCCUCGGCAAACGCCCAGACGUUUUGGUAGUGGGUCUUCAACCAAUUCGUCUUCAUCUUCUUCACGCAAGAGACUAAGUGGUGCUAUAGAAUUUAAAGCAAGUGAAAAUGUGGGCCUUAAGCCUUCAUUGUUUCCACCCGCUCCUUCUACGGUAGGCUUUGGACGGAAAUGGCCCACUUCUCUUCAUACAAACCUAUUCAACAAUAACCAGCAAGAUAUGUUGGAUGUAAAGGGAUCCAUUAAGGUUGAUAUAGCUGAGGGAGAAGAAGUAUCUCAACCCAAGCUCAUAGUUAAACGUCGCAGACCAAACUUAAGGCAGCAGCAGCUGCAACAGAAACAAUCACUGGAUGAUUAUUCUAGCGAAGAAAGUGGAGACGAGACUCUCGAAGAAGGGCUGAGAAAGGUCAGUAAAAGACUUGAAUUUGAAGCUCCAUCGACUCCCAAGGCCCAAGUGAUGGACAUCAAUUAUGCGUACGAAAAUCACAUUAAAGAGCAUAAUAGCAUGAGUCCUGAGGAAGACUUUGAACAGGAAAAGAAUAUACCUUCUGUGGUGGAGAAUCCCUUCAUUGGAGAUUUCCCCAAAAGAACAAGCAAGAUUCCUUUGAAUUAUAUCAGAUUCGAGAACGAAAUGGAAUUGGUUAAUAGCAGAACAGGAAAGAAAAUCAUCAAACCUUUAGACGAUUUCCAAAAAUCUAUCAAACCUAGACAGUUAUUCUUGAACGAAAAAGAAGAUGACAAGAAGGAAGACUUACUUCGAACUCCUCAAAAUAAGAUUUUGCUACCGAACUUAUCACACAGGUCUUUCAACGACGAGGAAGAUGAUACAGACGAACGUAUUCGAAAGGAAAGGAUAUUUAAUCCUUUCAGACACGCAGAUAAAUCAGGAAGAAUCAACAAACGGAAAUCUGUUAGGCCUAAAAGAUACGACGAAAUAGAGUAUAUCAAUCAUACCUCUGGUGACCGGGUCACUAGAAAGAUGAACGAUGAGGAGCUCUCUAUCAAACCAAAAAAACUCAACUUUGAUAACUGUUAA